GAGCGAUCCAGAGGGAACGAAGCAAAUGAGCGGAAGUAAACCAGUGGCGUAACAGACUGACUGGAGGCCCCUGGACAAACUUUUGUGCGUGAAAUUUUGCCGGAGGCGGCCGGUAAGCGAAGCAGCGCCAUGGCCUGCGGGCUGGUAGUCAACAGUAAAAAAUAAAUAAAUAAAUAAAAAAAAAAAAAAAAUCACGGCUCACAAUUAUUUUCAAUAGCAAAGCAGUCUCAUGGAACACUGGUCAAACCUGUAGUAUGUGCAUAGUUCUUUGGUAGUUAGUUUAUUAUUAUUAUUAGGUAUUAUUACUAUUAUUAUUAUCGUUAUAGCAAAUUAUAUUAAUAUUAUUUCAGCCUAUUAUAUUAAAAUUAACAUAGGUAACCCCCCAUUAUAUCAUUAUAAUUACUAUAUCCUAUUAUAUCAUUAAGAUAUCCUAAUGUAAUAUUUUAUAAAGGUAGCCUAUUAUAUUAUUAUCAUUUUAGCUUAUCAUAUUAAUAUUAUUAUUAUAGCCUAUUAUAAUAUUACUGUGUUCAGAUAGCUGGGAGCUAUACCUAUUCGGGAUGAAGUAAUGAAGGAAACCGGCAAUAGUAACUAUUAAUUAUGUUAUUUUUAGUUGUUAACAAUGUAAUAUUCAUGCAAUAAAUGAUCAAAAUCGACUACGUCAGUCAGUCAUGACCCAGUCGGUGCAAACGGAGAAACAUAUAUUUACAGGCACAGCACCUCGUAGGUGGCACCUGGUGGUGUAACUUUUGGCGUCGUGCAUCACAACGAUAGCUGAUCAGUUUCCCACAUGGACCACAGUCACAUAAUAUAUUUAUCGUGCGUAUUCAAGUUUUCAAGUCACGAAUCCGCAGAGAGCCGCAUUUGGGCGGUAUAGUAUGCGGGGGUUGUGCGGGGGUCUCAGGAGGUUGGGAAGGGAUUAGGAUUUGGGUUAGGACUUAGGAUUAGGGUGAGGAUUGGGUACAAUCUCUAUAUCUUUUAAACGUGCAGCCCUUGCAUUAUACAGUUUAUACCACAACACAAAUCCAACAAGUUCAUUAUAAUCACUAUUCAGCACAAAAGUUGUUAAAAUAGCAGGAUCCUGCCACGCAUCAUACUACUCAAUACAGAAACACCACUUCAAAACUCAUCACACUUUGUAUGUGGCAAUGACCGGGGUUUUGUCACUUUCUGACCAACAAUGAUCACUCGUCAUUAUACAGCAUGCUGAAUGCUGAUAAAACACAACACAAUGUUGUUGCUCGUAUUCACUAUAAUAUCAGUCAGUCAGAUUUUUACCCAUCAGCACAUAAGUUAUUAAAAUACAGAACCCACCAUGAAUCAUGCCAUGCACUGAGCGGGCAUCAGCCAGCCAUGUUUCUCAUUUCAAAGAUCAAGUCAACACUGCAAAACUCAUCACAAAUCAUGUCUGUGGCAACAACCGGGUUUUAUCACUGUCUGACAAUGAUCAGUGGUUAUUAUAGGACAUGCUGAUAUACACAACACAUCUUUGUCACUGAUAUUUCACUCUGAAAACCGCAGAAAAAUACAGAUCCCACACAGUGACAGUACCAUUCAAACAUGCGGGAGUGAGGAACUGGAAAUGAGUUCUGAUUCCAGUGUUGCCACUGUUGUUUGUUGCAGUGUUGACACAUUACUUAUUGUAUUUUAGCUAAAAUGAAAAUAUUACGAAGGGAAAAGCAGUAAAUUUAGGGAAAGUAAAAAGAUAUUUUCACAUUAUUUUUGUUAUUUCUUUUACUAAUUUAUUUAUUUCUUAAUCAUUGCCUCAUCGGGGGCCCCCUGAAUACCCAGGGCCUGAGGGCCUGAGGCUGCAGCUUCCAUGUAAAUCCACCACUCUCUCUCUCUCUCUUGUCCCAGGACCUCCGAGGCCCUUGGACUUUGUCCACCCCUGUACUAUGGGUGUUACGCCACUGGAGUGAACCACCAAACAUACACAAACUACAUUUAUUCACCACACAACCAUAACAAACAAAUAUCACUACAUACAUUACUUUUUCAUCCUGUAAGGAUUAGCAUGAUCAUUCCUUUUAUUAGGUUUAACCCUUUCCAUCCGUGAUGCAGACGUCGGCGUCACAGUAUGGAGUCAAGAGGAAAUUGAAGAGGAUUAAUCCUCCUCUAAAUUCUUCUUAAUCCUCUUCCAUUUCCUCUUAAGAGGUUUAGAAGAGGAUUAACCCCUUCACUCCGGCGACGCCGACAUUGGCGUCCGACGGCGUCUGACAGCGUCACUGUAUGGAAAGGGUUUUAGUCCCCUUCUAAACCUCUUAAUCCUUUUCCAUUUCUUCUUAAUCCUCUUCUAAACCUCUUAAGAGGAAAUGGAAGAGGAUUAAGAGGAAUUUAGAGGAGGAUUGAGAGGUUUAGAAGAGGAUUAAUCCUCUUCCAUUUCCUCUUGACCCUUUCCAUACUGUGACGCCGAGGUCUGCGUCACGGAUGGAAAGGGUUAAGAGGAAAUGGAAGAGGAUUAAGAGGUUUAGAAGAGGACUAAACGGUGACGCCGUCAGACGCCCAUCAGACACCGACGUCGGCAUCGCCAGAGUGAAGGGGUUAACCCCUUCAACACGAGGACGCGUAUACUGCGUCCUUGUGUGCCCCGUACCAUAUCUGAGGAUGCGCAUACUGCAUCCUGGCUCGCUUUAGCCAAUAUACGAGUUAUUUUAUCUUUAUAUUUAUGCUUACAUCUCAAAAUUAUCAAUUAAUUUAUGCUUCUUUAUGUGCACCAUUUAAUUCUGCAUGUUUUCAUAUAUAAUACAUGAUGAUUAUGUUGAGUUUAUGGCUCAAAACUUGUUAUAUUCAAUAGCAACAUUUGAAAUUUGGCACGCACGGCGAUCCUGGAUACGGCGCGGGGCGCUGUUUUGGCCUGGCCAUAGCGAGUUUCUUUAUGUGCACCAUUUAAUUCUGCAUGUUUUUAUAUAUAAUACAUGAUGAUUGUGUUGAGUUUAUGGCUGAAAGCUUGUUAUAUUCAAUAGCGACAUUUGAAAUUUGGCGCGUGCGGCGAUCUCGGAUACGGUGCGGGGCGCUGUUUUGGCCCGGCCGUAGUGAAGGGGUUAAGCUUAGUGAUGUGUAGGAUGACAUACUAAUGUGAUUCAAACCAUUUGAUACUAAAUAUUUUUGUACUUUUUAAGAUAAUAGAACACAAUAAAUAACCCCUCAUUUUGUAUUUCAACAUACAGUGUUUUGUACAUAUCUAUUUAUGUUGCCCAUCACUUUAAAAUUAUCAUUGGAGCCAAUAUAAUGAAACGUGGUGGCAAAUUGGUAAUAUAUUUUAUUGCUUAUUUUUUUCCUUUUUUUUCUGGGGACCUAUAUGCCUGUACGGAUCGUCCGAUCCGUAUACUUUUAUUAUUUUUUUCUUACCUCAUUUUCACCCCCUAAUAUUGUGAUGCCAAAACUGUGCCUAAUAUACAAUAUAGCCAAAUGAUUAUACUUUAAAGUAAUCACUUCAACUUUACGUAAUUCACUCGUUUUUUUUAUGACUAUUUGAAAAAAAAUGUAUAAUCCCUCCCCAACUCACCCUACACAUACAUAAACUGUCCCUUAAUCAAUAUCUGAAUACCCUCGACUCACGGCAAGAAAACUGACUAGGGGGGGAGCAAGAAGUUAUGAUAACGUGUGUGUUAAGGUUUUGUGUACGGCAGCAGGUGGCAGUCACCUGGGGGAGUUGCCAGGUCAACCUGUUGGUUGAAAGAGAACGGCGUUGAGUCCCCGUUACAAAAAGGGAUGAAUUAUUUCUACGGCAUUUGUCCGCUAACUAUUGACGUAAAGCCUGUAUUAUCAAUAUAGCAAGAAGGGGGGAUAAUGCACCUCUGCCAGGUGUUGGGAAAAUUAACCGAGUAAAAAAAAUCAAUGUAAUCAUACUAACUUUAUCUGAUGGUAAUUAUAAUCCAAGUGACCGGAGGUAACUUUUGGGGGGGUGCGUGCGGCGCCUGAGGGGGGCGGCGAGGCACGUGAAAAGGUAUUGCACCAAAUGUGGCAAGACAGCUUAUGUAAUGGAAAAAACAAGGAAAACAAGAAUGCAUAAGCAAGGGGGGGAGGGGGGAUAUGGAGCUGAUGGGAUACAGGUAACUCUCAAUUUAUGUGAGUUUGGUUUACGCGUUUUUGAAAUAACGCAGGGUCCAAAAUCCAAAUAAAUGUUUAAUUUACACGUUUUUUCACUUAUAUGCGAUAUUUUAUGGAGUGGCCACCAGAUGUCUCGCGCAACUGGACUCACACGGCGCCGCGGCCACACAGCUGAGCUCAGUUCUUCCUGCGCGCCACUUGAACAACAAUACAGUACCCACGCUGCCACGCUACUCAACAAUAGGGGUGGACAGGUACCGGUACCAGUACCGGUACUAAUGGUACCAGCUAUACUGUACGAUACUGGUACCAGACUGCUCAGUACCAGUACCAUUACUAGCCAGUCGCUCAUGGUGUCCCUCAUUUUUUCCUCACACGAGUGAGGCUGAGACUGAGUGCCUGAGUGGAUAUCUCGGUGAUAUGGAUAUUCUCUCUCUCUCUCUCCACUGAAUGAAGUGAAUAUUGAUUUUUCGAUAGAAACCUACCUCUUGUUUGAUUUACAUUGUUUUUGAUUUACGCGACCAAUUCAAAGACACAAUACUCGCAUAAAUCAAGGGUUAUCUGUAUUACACCAUGGGAAAGAAAUGUGGGGGAUCUAACGGCCAAAAGGGGGGGUGGACAUACUUAAUACUUACAUACACUUAAAUGUACUAUUGUGAUCCUAUUGUACUCCCAAUAUAACCCCUAGUACGUCGAGUCCUCAACCCCCAUUUGCUUCCCCCCUCCCCUUUUCUCUUAAUUUACCACUCAAACCACUGGGUUAUCUUGUACCCCAAGUUUGAGCCACUACAUAGCAAAGCUGCUUUGUUUACUGUUUAAUUGACAAGAAAAGAGAACACCCCGUGCUGUGGCACCACAGUUCGAAAAACUUUUUUUCUCAAGUCUAUGAAAAUUGUAGGACUCCCGGUGUUGUGUUCCUGGCUGUCCUCCCGCAAACUACGCAUGCUCAGAAACGAAUGUAAACAAAGACUUGUUGAUAAACAGAGCUGUUCUCACGCAUCUCCUGACAGCAUGGCCAUGCUCACUUUGCUUGCCAGCUCCCCCACCUCAUGAAUCUAUGAUGCCUUCUAGCCCCCCAAAAGAAUCUACCAAAAUUACAGUGUGGCAACUUCUGUCAUCCUGUGUUGUAAGGCAUCCCAUCCUGAUCUGCGCAUGCGAGGACUUUGUUUACAUACACAGGGUGGAUUAAUUUUGGCACGGUACUGGAUCUUUUGUCAACUGCCUAUUGUGAUCUGUCCCAUCCAAGUUUAUUUAUAUUUUUAUAAAAGUAAAUGACGAUAUAUGUUUUGAAUAUGAAAAAUGCAUGAAAUGUGAGUUUGUUCCUGCACCCCUUGUAUGUUAGUAAAUGUGAUAAAAGAUACAACCUGCACCCCUUGUAUGUCAGUAAAUGUGAUAAAUGAUACAACCUACACCCCUUGUAUGUCAGUAAAUGUGAUAAAAGAUACAACCUACACCCCUUGUAUGUUAGUAAAUGUGAUAAAUGAUACAACCUGCACCCCUUGUAUGUCAGUAAAUGUGAUAAAUGAUACAACCUACACCCCUUGUAUGUCAGUAAAUGUGAUAAAAGAUACAACCUACACCCCUUGUAUGUCAGUAAAUGUGAUAAAAGAUACAACCUGCACCCCUUGUAUGUUAGUAAAUGUGAUAAAAGAUACAACCUGCACCCCUUGUAUGUUAGUAAAUGUGAUAAAUGAUACAACCUGCACCCCUUGUAUGUUAGUAAAUGUGAUAAAUGAUACAACCUGCACCCCUUGUAUGUUAGUAAAUGUGAUAAAUGAUACAACCUGCACCCCUUGUAUGUUAGUAAAUGUGAUAAAAGAUACAACCUACACCCCUUGUAUGUCAGUAAAUGUGAUAAAAGAUACAACCUGCACCCCUUGUAUGUUAGUAAAUGUGAUAAAUGAUACAACCUACACCCCUUGUAUGUCAGUAAAUGUGAUAAAUGAUACAACCUGCACCCCUUGUAUGUUAGUAAAUGUGAUAAAAGAUACAACCUGCACCCCUUGUAUGUUAGUAAAUGUGAUAAAUGAUACAACCUGCACCCCUUGUAUGUCAGUAAAUGUGAUAAAUGAUACAACCUACACCCCUUGUAUGUCAGUAAAUGUGAUAAAUGAUACAACCUACACCCCUUGUAUUUCGGUAAAUGUGAUAAAUGUGCAUUUUCCUCUGAGCGCUCUCGUCUUGCGGCGAACAAGGAGAACCCAAGCUCGUGUCUUCGACAUGUACAAACAGGAUGCUCAUACACCAAGUCACCGCUCGUAAACCAAGGCAUCUUUAAUGGGUUUUAUUUUUUUUUUUUGCUCGUAAAUCAAAGUGCUCGUAAACUAGGGCACUGCAGCUGCUGUCUAUGGCAUCGGUGGCUGGGUCAUGCACAAACGAAUAUGUUCAUCACCAAAUCACAGAAUGGAAAAGUGAAAGGGUAAAAGUAGUGAAGUUGGGGGACAGGAUUUGUGGUGUUUUGGUGUGGUUUGGCUGCUCAGUGUUGACAGAGUAAAAGUGUUAUGCCAGCAUUUUGGGAUCACGUCGUCAUGUCCGUACAGAAACAAAUUAUAUAAUUGUGAAUAUGUUUGCCAUGUUUUGCGGUAAUGAAAUAGUGACAGGUGUACUGGAGUGUAUUAUGAUUUCAUGUAGACGAAUAUGCUUGUGAACUGUAAUGCCAUAUUGUGAAGUUGGAGCGAAGCAAAGCGAUGGUGUGGCACUCGGUGGUGGUGGGCAGAUGUUUGUACACUCAAGUUGUCGACACAGCAGUAAGGGUGAGAUAAGAGUGCUGAUUGGGGCACCCAGGGGGGUGCCUGCAUGAGGCCCUCCUCUGGCUGGGUGAAAGGCAGAAGCAGGACAACAGUGUCAAGAGCCACACCUCAGAGCCACACAUCUCCACCUACGAGUGCAACUCGGAUAUCGGGAGAGUUGACUGUCCCGGCUAAGUGUAUGUAGGUAUCAAUUUGGCCUUUUGAUACCUGUAGUGUACACGAAAUGGCUUUUGUGUUGGUUAUUCGUUUUGUGACGACAGUGAUGACUACUCUGUACUGAGUCUGUUUAGUGUGUACUGAUGGCGGUAUGCUACUUUCAAGGUUUGACCACUUCUGAAUAAAGGGAGCGAGUUUUACACAGCUUGUGUCAGUCACCAUCAUCCCACCAAGACGCUGACGGCGCCUAUAGGCACUCAUAAACCGAAGUAUUACUGUAUAGAUUUACAAUAUUUUGCAUAUACGAUUGACCUAAAUUAUUACCAAUUUUUCAAUUUACAAUUGCUGUGACUGAUGUAUACCAUUGUUUGACUGAUCAGCAUUUGUUCCAUCACCCAAGCGAUUGCAGCGCCCUUUGCCACUGCGGCCACUUGUUUCUGCACUGCCAUUCAACCUCCCAUGGGAGUGUUAGUGUUUGCCCUAGGUGUAUUUUACCAUUGAAAACGUACUUGUGUGAUCACUGUGUAUAGUCAGUGAGGGCUGCUAAGCGUCCCAAAACUGUCCAUGCAUUCAACAAAAGGAACUGUGGAGUGGGAAACAGGUUUCACCACUGCCAUUUGCAGCUGAGGGUCUGAGAGGUACGGGUAAGUACCAGCACCCAUACUUACUAAUGGUAGGGUGGGUUGGGGAUGAAUAGAACAUGUGGACAUAAUGCACAGAGGCUACCAUGGCCACAUUUAUAGGUUUAGAAUGGUCUUCCUCUAACAGGCAUUAGGAAAAAUGGGUGUACACAGCUGAGCAAUGGCAGUUUGGCAGGGGCUGCUUGGCUAAAUUUAGAGAUGGUUUCCUUUUCUUUUAUGUAAUAUUUUGCCACCAAUUAAAAGAUCUCUGGUGUCCAUGAAUUCACAAAGAGUGUGUUGAUAAGGCACAUAGUACUGGGAUAUGUCUAGAUGUGAUGAAAUUAAGUGAUAAAAGUGAACUCCAAUGUCACAGGAUGACAUGAGUGCUUAUAUAAAUAUCAGUGGCAUCGUAUGGAUAAUCAAUAGUGGGAUCUUAAUGUAUGGAGUGUCCAUGCCACUCACAAACAAUUUGUGCCUAUUGUUUGUAUGUAUGUUUAAUGCCAAGAUUUUUCUCUUUUCUACUACUCCCGGUCCCACACGUCCUCUGCGUGUAUCGAAACACAUGAGAAAUUAAUCAAGACAAGGAGAGGGUUUUGCCGCUGCCCGGGAUUGAACCCGCGACCAGCGUGACGGGAGAGCCACUACUUUACCAGUCGGCCAAAGAGGUACCCCGCUCGCUGAGUGGGUUAUGGGAGGCUCACCCAUCAGGCCUAGUCGCCGCACUACAUAUGCAUGAAAAUAACAGUGUUACAUAAGAUGCAGCCAUGUAAUCCAUGACAGUGACACCUAUGCAAGUAACAAUUUCAUUCAUUAACUCAUAAUUGUUGUUUUUUUUUUUUUUUUUUUUACAGCAGAGGAAAGAGCUCAAGGGAAAAAAAAAAAAAAAAAAAAAAAAAAACUAAUGGAAAAAAAAGCCCGCUACUCACUGCUCCUACAUAAGAGUCAAGAAGAGUGGCUGAAAGAUAGGUCAAUUUCGGGUGGAGAGGUGUCCUGAUACCCUUCUCUUGAAAGAGUUCAAGUCGUAGGCAGGAGGAAAUACAAAUAAAGAAAGACUGUUCCAGAGUUCACCAGCGUGAGGGAUGAAAGAGUGAAAAUGCUGGUUAACUCAUAUGUAAGGGAUUUGGACAGUAAAGGGAUGAGCUUGAGCAGAAAGUCAUGUGUGAUGAGGUCGCAGGAGGGAGGCAUGGCAGUUAGCAAGCUCAGAAGAGCAGUCAGCGUGAAAAUAUCAAUAGAAGAGAGGGAGGGAGGUAUGCAGUUAGCAAGUUCAGAAGAGCAGUCAGCGUGAAAAUAUCGAUAGAAGAGAGAGAGAGAGGCAACAUGGUGGCGGAAUUGAAGAAGUAGAAGACUAUCAGUAAGAGGAGAGUUGAUGAGACGAAGAGCCUUAGGGCCGUAUUCUUAAAUCUCACGAAAUCGGUAACGACAACGAGUCCCCACGCACACUAAUGUUCGGGUUGUCACAAUUUGCAUAUUCUUAAACACUGAGAUUUGUCGGGUGGGAUCUGGUAACACUGGCGGUGUGAGAAAAUUUAAUUAGUGUAUAACCAGCGGGUCACUUAGCUCGUUUUGUAGAGGCUUUCACAUAUAGUGGUCUGAAUAAGUCGGCGAUGUGUGGCCGCCCUUGCUGUAGUUAUAAGUUAAUUAGCUGCCUGCUGCCGAGUCAACUUGUAGUAGCCUGGUGUAUGUGACGCCACUAAGGUAAACCGCUGACGGGUGUUUACACCGGUGAAGUUUACAGCUGACAGACCGUGUUCUCGCCACAAAGGCUAACUGCUGACUGCUCGCUAAUAGAUUACCAAUACUUCCCAAACAACCCUUAAUUCCUAACACUCUGGACCAUAGCUGCCACCCUCUUAUGCAUUGGCAACACUGGCAUGGUCUGCUUCAGUUAGGGUUAGUUUCUCACCUUAUAUGCUCCUUCAUAUUUUUGUUAUAGACUAUGUAUUUUCACCUUGCAACUGUAAUAUGAAGGUGUAUAAGGUAUUUUGAGGUUGGAAAGUUUGGAAAGUUUCAUUUAGUCAGCGCAACAUCUGUGGUCAUAUGCCGGAGAGAGACAGAAGGGGAAGGAAUUAUAGGAGGAGGGAACAGAUCCCAGGAGACGGGACACAACCCCCGAUUAAUACCUGGUACCCAUUCACUGCUGGAUGGACAGGGGCGUAGGGUGUCGGAAAAGCUGCCCAAAUUUUUCAACUCCGCCUGGGAAUCGAGCCCGGGCUCUCUCGGUUGUGAGCCGAGUGUGCUAACCACUGCACCAUGAAGCCCCCUCGUAUUUUGAGGUGGCAGAGCUAAACUACACAUGCAUAUACCCUAUAUUUUCAUAUUAAAAUAGUAAUGCUUUCUGAUUAGGGGAGAUCAAGAGAACACCCACCUAACUCAUGGCUGGGGUAAGUUGAUCGAUCCUGCCUGGAGUGGCUGAGAUGGAAGGGUAACUGUGUGGAGGCUUACUCAGAGAAACUGUCAGGGGUGGAGGCAGUGGGUGAGCUAAAUGCUGACUGACAAGAGCUGAUCCUGGCAUAGAAAGAGGAUUUUCACUUCAGGGAGCUCAGGAGAAAUGCUCACACAAAGCAUGAGGCUGAGGGCAAGCCCUCAGUUUGAUUCUACUGGGUAGACUGACCAUGUGGCAGGUUUCUUUCAUGCUUCUGCAUCAAGUGAAAUUGCCACCUAUGACGGGUAGAGGGCAAAGCCUACAGGACCUCUGGAUCUUCAAGAAUGGAGGGUCCCCUUUUGAUACGGGAGUGGCUGGGAUGAAGCCCACCCACACAACCAGGCCUGAGAUUAACCAUCUUGGGGCUCACCAUGUGGAUUUCUGGAAUAUCCUGAGCCUUUUGGAGGAUCACUGACUGCCUUAAAUAGCAAAUGAGCUUAAAAGACUCAAGGUGGAUAUACUGCAACUCUCUGAAAUAAAGAGCUUUGCCAGUGGUGAGAUCAGUGGUGUUGGGUACAGCUACUAUAGGUCCAUUGUGAGCUCCAAAACAGCAUUUGGACUCACAGGGGGAGUGGUGCUUUUGGCAUUAUGCUUCAGCUCAGUGGGAUGACUUGAGGAUGUACACUUCAUUUUUCAUGGUAUGACUACACCCCUGGAAAGCCUGUACUCUCCAGAAUCCCAACUUCAUCAACAAGAAAGAAGUAAGACAUUAAGUGGGCCAUGAUUGACACAAGAUAACUAUAGUCACUGCCAGACAAUUUGUUCCCUAUGCCCUGUCCUUUCUGCUGGAGUCAUUACUGGCUGACUGAGAUUAUUCUAUGUUGAGAAAAAUGACAAAUUAUGAAAAUAAUAAUAUGCACAAACAAGUAAAAGUUGAAAUAGGCACUACCCAGGAGAUAGGAUAAGGGAGGGGUCUGAGUUUAUUUGACAAGUUGACUAGCAGGGACUAAAGCAACAUUUUACUCUUU